AUGUACAGCACGACGCUUAUGGCGUCCGACCCGCCGGAGAAAUUCUCCAAAGAGGCUGAGAAAGUGGGCUUUGUUUGGGUAGACCCAGCACCGGAACUGUUGAGCGGCGAAGUGAAGACCUUGGCCGAAAAGAACAAUGUCGCAGCUGAAAAGACGUCGGGUUUCUGGUAUGGACCGAGAGGGUUCCGAUGGCAAGUUUGGCGAACCGGCACUUGCGGAACGAAAAGGUCAUCUAUCAUUUCCAUGGUUCGGGGCGGAUUUGUUAUGGGCACCGCACAUCCAUCGAAUGGGUCCAUGACUACUUUGGCAAACGGCCUUCUAGAGCAUUUCCCCGCCAAUACUCGCCUUUUUGCCCUCGAAUAUCGCCUCUCCUCCCAUGAGCCAUUUGCGGUUGCGAAUCCUUUCCCCGCCGCGCUCCUUGACGCUUUAGCCGGAUACAAGUACCUCGUUGAAUCUCUGCGAUAUGAUCCUAAAAAUAUCAUUAUAGGUGGUGAUUCAGCAGGCGGGACUCUUGCCUUCUGGUUAGCUCGAUACUUGGCCAUCAGUAAUCUUCCUAAUCUGCCUAACGCUGGCGGACUACUUCUCCUCUCCCCCACCGUCGACUGGGCAAACACUUACACGGACCGUGAGUCCUCUAUGCACAAACACUCCUCCACCGAUUUUGUCUAUACCAUUCUCAUAUGCGGAUACACUCUCCGCGCGCUUAUGGGAAAUUUACCAUUGCCGGAUGCACCUUCGAACGUUUGGAUUGCUCCGGGAUCGAAGCAAAAUGAUGCACCAGGUUUGUUUACUGGUCUGCCAAAGACUGUCAUUGUGGCCGGCGGCGCAGAACAAACGCUGGAUGCUAUGGUGGUCCUACGAGAUAGGUUGGAGAGGGACUUGGGGAAAGACAAUGUGAAAUACAUCGAGAAACCUGAUGCGACUCACGAUUACCUCACUGCGUCGUGGCAUGAACCUGAGAGAACAGAAACCUUGGUUGAGCUGGGAGAAUGGGCUAAUGAUAGAAUUUGGUCUACUUGCCUGAACACAACAGAUUUUUCAUCGUAGUACUUGGGAUAAAGAAUCGGCUGCUGAUUGUUUGUAUACCUUGUUACGAUGUACAUUAACAUAUAUAUUUUUUGUUGCCUAGCGCUGUACAUGUUUGUCGACUCUGCGUUUAUGUAUGCCUCUUGUUGCACAAGCAGAUAAUUAUCCUUCGCUGUUUGGAUGCCAUCCGACCAGCUCCUAGAAGAUGGAUCAGGUAUGAAAGGAUCUUUAAAGAGCUUCACUGGGUGGUCCUUGUCAGACUGUUUACACGAA